AUGGCCCCCUCCCUCCAACCCAACAAAGCAAGCCAAAUUCUCACCUCCGCCUCCAAACACUCCUACGGCAUCCCGGCGAUCUGCGUCUACAACCUCGAAGGCAUAAUCGCAACAGUUCGCGCCGCAACCGCAAAACGUUCCCCGGCAAUGCUCCUCCUCUUCCCCUGGGCACAAACCUACUCCUCCACCGUCCUCGCGCACGCGGCAGCCGAAGCAGCGCGAAAAGCCCCCAUACCCAUAACCGUCCACCUUGACCAUGCGCAGACGCCCGAAGCGGUGAAAGAGGCAGCCGAUAUGGACGGCUGCUACGACAGUAUAAUGGUGGACAUGUCGCACUACGACCACGCAGAGAAUCUGCGGUUGACGAAGGAAUUGACGGCGUAUUGUCACGCGCGGGGAAUAUUGGUGGAAGCAGAGUGUGGGCGGAUAGAAGGCGGAGAGGAUGGGGUGAGCGACACGGCGGACUUGGAGGGCCUGAUGACGACGCCGGAGCAGGCGCGGGAGUUCGUGGACACGGGGGUGGAUUGGCUGGCCCCUGCGUUUGGGAACGUGCAUGGGAUGUACGGACCGAGGGGGAUACAGCUGGAGUUCGAGCGGUUGGAGAAGAUAAAGAGGGAGGUUGGGGAUGUGAGCUUGGUGUUGCAUGGGACGGAUGGGUUUGAUAGGGGGAUUUAUGAGGAGUGUGUGAAGGCGGGGAUUACGAAGUGUAAUAUCAAUCGGGUGGUCAAUCAGAGGUUGACGAAGGUGUGGAAGGAGGGGGAGGGAGGGUUGACGGGGUUGAUGGAGGAGGGGACGAAGGGGAUGCAGGAAGAGAUUGAGGUUUUGAUGGAUUGUUUGGGGAGUUCGGGCAAGGCUGAUUUUUGA